CGUCUAAUCAUCGGAACUUCACGGACCAUAGAAAACCCUCUUCCUGCCAUAAGACCAACUUUGGACCUUCAAUUGAAUUCACUCUUUGCUAUAAUCGAAAACGCUAAUUUCUUUUCAUCUUCGAUCAGUAUAAUACUGUUAUUUGUCCGGAUUUUUUGAAACUUUUGGCUAAUAAACCGAACGAGCAAUAAUGCCGCCGAAGGUGCAAUCGAAGGCUGAUUUAGCGAAGAAGCAAAAGAUCGUUGAAGACAAAACAUUUGGGCUCAAGAAUAAGAACAAGAGCAAGAAUGUGCAGAAAUAUGUCCAAAACCUCAAGCAAUCGGUGCAACCCAAACCGGACUCGACUAAAGUUGCCGUUAAGAAAAAGAAAGAGGAAGAGAAGGCAAGAGAGAAGGAGCUGAAUGACUUGUUCAAGGUAGCCAUUAGUCAGCCAAAAGUGCCUGUGGGUGUUGAUCCCAAGUCUAUCGUGUGUGAAUUUUACAAAGCGGGUCAGUGCACUAAGGGCUUCAAAUGCAAGUUCUCACAUGAUUUGAAUGUCCAGAGGAAGGGUGAGAAGAUUGAUAUUUACAGUGAUAAGCGUGAUCAAGACAAAGAAACAAUGGAAGACUGGGAUCAAGAGACACUUGAGAAGGUCGUCGAGUCAAAGAAAACGGAGUAUAACCAGAACAGACCAACAGAUAUUGUAUGCAAAUACUUUCUGGAAGCAGUGGAGAAGAAACAAUAUGGUUGGUUUUGGGAUUGCCCAAAUGGUGGAAAAGAUUGUCACUACAGACAUGCUCUUCCUCCAGGAUAUGUGUUAAAAUCUCAAAUGAAGGCCCUUCUAGAAGAGGAGGCUGAGAAGGUUCCUGUUGAAGAAGAGAUCGAAAAUCAGCGUGCUAAAUUGACAAAGUCAACUCCAAUGACUCCUCAAUUGUUUAUGGAAUGGAAGAAGAAAAAGAUGGAAGAAAGAGAAGCAGGCUUGGCUGCUCAACAAGCAGAGAGGGCUAAGAAUGACCGCAUGAGUGGCCGCGAGUUGUUUCUGUCGGAUGCCAGCUUAUUUGUGGAUGAUGCUGAGGCAUAUGAACAGUACCAGAGACAAGAAGAACCUGAGGCUGUGGAUCAAAAGGUCAAGAAUGAGCCAGCAGCAGAGGGACCAAGCUGUUCUACAAAUGAUGGUUCUGAUCCCAAACAGGAUGUUCUUGAAGACGACGACGACGACGACGAACUAGACAUGGACGAGCUAAAUGAGCUUGAAGCAAGUUUGUCAAGAACAUCGAUUCAAAUUCAGGAACCUGGUAUUGGAGCUUCAUCUUGAGAGACAGAGAUGGCAUUUUUGCUGGUAACCAGCCAUAGAUUUAGAGAGGGAUUGAACAUAUUUAUGUACUAUUAUGCUAGGCAGCUCUAUAUGGAAAUAAUUUUGGUCUCUGAACUGGAAAAUUUUCUGCAGUUUGCACCUUUUGUGCUUGAUAAAAUGGAUUUUCUUUUACCUUAUGGAGCAAUCUGUGCUAUGUAAUAGUAAUUUGAUGAAA